AUGACUGCCUCCAGCAUGUCUGUCUGUUCUGACGCCUGCACCAACUCCUCCUGGCAGGUGGACAACUGCCCAGAGAGCUGCUGUGAGCCUACCUGCUGUGCCCCCAGCUGCUGCCAACCCAGCUGCUGUGUGCCCAGCUGCUGUGUGCCCAGUUGCUGCCAGCCCAGCUGCUGUGCCCCAUCCCCCUGCCUGACCCUCAUCUGCACCCCAGUGAGCUGUGUGUCCAGCCCCUGCUGCCAAUCUGUCUGCUGCAUACCCUCAUGCUGCCAGCAGUCUAGCUGCCAGCCCUCAUGCUGUCAAUCUUCCUGCUGUGUGCCUGUCUGCUGCAAGCCUGUCUGCUGCACACCCAUCUGCUCUGGAUCCUCCUCAUGCUGCCAGCAGUCUAGCUGCCAGCCCUCAUGCUGUCAAUCUUCCUGCUGUGUGCCUGUCUGCUGCAAGCCUGUCUGCUGCAAGCCCUGCUCCAGUGUGUCCCUGCUCUGCCGCCCUGUGUGCAGACCUGCCUGCUGUGUGCCCACCUCCUCCUGCUGUGCCUCCUCCUGCCAGCCCAGCUGCUGCAAGCCCUGCUCCAGUGUGUCCCUGCUCUGCCGCCCUGCCUGCUCCCGCCAGGCCUGCUGUGGCCUCUCCUCAGGCCAAAAGUCCAGCUGCUGCUGA